UCACCGUGCUCAUAUAUUCGGGUGACGCAACUGCGUGGAGUCACUCGACAGAAAAGAGGCGAAGAAGAAGAGGAGGAAGAGGAGGAGGAAGAGGAGUUCACACACGUUGUUUUUUCGUCUUUCCCGAACUUUCCAGCUCCGACCACAGUCACAGAAUGAUGCUGCAGCACCCGGGUCCCUCCCUGGCCGACAUCAGCUGCUCCGCCCUGGUUCCGUGCCUGUCCCCCCCCGGGACCCUCACCCUGGACGACUUCACCGACUUCACGCCCAUCGUCAAAGAGGAGCUGCGUCUCGCCAUCCAGACCAAACGUCUGUCCAGCGGGCUGAGCGCCGACGUCAGCUCCGACGGAGGCAGCUCCUGCUCCGACCGGGCCUCGGAGCAGCACCCGGGCGGCUCAGGGGCGAGGAGAGAGUUGACGGUUGAGGAGCACGAGAGGAGGAAGAGGAGGCGAGAGAGGAACAAAAUCGCUGCCGCCAAGUGUCGCAACAAAAAGAAAGAAAAGACGGAGACUUUACAGAAGGAGUCGGAGAAGCUGGAGACGGUCAACGCUGACCUGAAGGCCCAGAUCCAGGAGCUGAAGCAGCAGAAGCAGCAGCUGGUCUACAUGUUGAACCUGCACCGACCCACCUGCAUCGUCAGAGCCCAGAACGGACGGACGCCCGAGGACGAGCGCAACCUCUUCAUCCAGCACAUCAAAGAGAGCACUUUACAACUGCACAACCUCUCCACCACCUCCACCACCUCCACCUCCACCACCUCCACCUCCACAUCGCCCUUUUCCACAUUCACCUCCACAUUAGCUCCUCUAGAGGGCAGACUUCUCACCCUGGAUCACGUCCACUGUCCUGGUCAUCUAUAAACCAACCUGCUGGUGGGUUUUUUUGCCAC